CUCGCGAUACAUUAAAUCCACUCCCACUCCUGUCUUUGCACUUGUGUAUCUUUAUGACACGAGAUGGCAUUAGCUAAAAUCGCGUUCUGUCUGGGAGAGGCUAUAAAUAUCAAAGCCACAUAGAGAUAUUAACCAGAGAUCGCAACUUCGCUCUGGUCCGCGCGCACCAUCUGUAUUCAUAAUUCUGACAUAUUGAUUAUUGUGUAUACCUACGCAGUGUAAAAAGUGUGCAUAGAGACAAAAUGUCCGGUGCCGAGGAUUCUCCAUGGUUCAAAGAAAGAAUGUCAAAAAUUGUCGAGAAUCUCGGAUCGAACGUGGAGGAAGCUCGGUACGAGCUUUCAAAAUCCGUGGAAGGCUUCAUGUCUACGUUGUAUUACGUAUGCGUGAAAUUUAAAGACAAGACGAAGGGAGGACAGAGCGAGAAACUGACCAUGAUAAUAAAGAGACCCACGCAGAUAGAGAUGUUCAGAGAAAUGAUCGACGUCAAUCCUCAGUUUCACAAUGAGAUCGUGUUCUAUCAAAUCUACGCUCGGCCCGACGAAAACUUUGUCAAGUGCUUCUACGCUGAUGAACGGCCACCCAUCGAUUCGGUGAUCGCGUUGGAAAAUGUCAACCAACGAGGAUACUAUUCCUGUCCGUACAAGAACGACGUUUCUCUGGAAUAUACGUUAGCGGCGAUACAGGAGUUGGGACGAUUUCACGGCAAGGGUUACGUAAUGAAGGAGCAGCAGCGCGAAAAGUUCUUCGAUAUUGUGAAGCAGCUUCAAGAAACCAAGUAUAAACCCGGAAUGGACGACGCACGCAAGACAUACGUCAACAUUCCCGCGACCCGAGCAGUAGAAUAUCUUCGUGAUCAAGGACACGAUGCGAUUUUUUGCGAUAAAAUGGAAGCUGUACUUUCGAAUGCAUUCGACUUAAUAAUGGUAGAAAUGGUGAAACCAACGGAACCUUUGGCCACGCUGUGUCACGGAGAUUUUACAGUACUCAAUACUCUUUUUAAGACAGAAGACGAUGGAGAGAUACGAGCGAUGCUGAUCGACUUUGGAACUUUAGGAUAUUCGACUCCCGUCGUCGAUCUUUCUACGUUUCUCUAUCUCUGUUGCACGAAUGAAUUGAGAAAGGAUAAACUUUUCGAGAUUAUACGAGUCUAUCAUGAGACCGUGAAGAAGUAUUUGCUAGACGCUGGUGUUCAGGACAUUGAUAAGUAUUCGUAUGAUGCUUUCCUGGACGAUUUCAGGAAAGGUGCCCUUUUCGGUUUCGUUAUCGCGUCCUUCUUUUUACCGGGAUUGUUGGGAUACCUCGACAAUCUACCUGAGGAAGUGGAUAUGCUAGAGCAUAUAAAUUACUGCAAGGAAGCAGGCGGAGAUGAAAUAUCCAAAAUAUUAGCUGAUAUGCUACUGCAGUUAAGAGACUUUGGUUUUUUGAAACAUGUUUUAUAACUGUUUAUUUUUUACAUAGUAUAUAUAUUUAUAUUAGUCAGUGGCUGUGAUGUAUGUAUGCGAAAGAUAUUUUUAAAUAAUCAAUGUCAGAAGCACACGUGACGUAAGUAUACAAGGAGUGUAGGUUAUAAAAGAUAAAAAUUGUUAAUAUUAUUUUAUAAAAUCAUGUAGCGUAAUUUAAAUUUGCAUAUCCGCAUUCCACAUGAAUUUCUUCCAAAUCGAUAGACCGUCUUUUCUUAUACGUUAAUUGAGUAAUAUUGCAUUUAUUUUUUUGUUUAUAAAUAUUAUUUUUAUAAAUAAGCGCAUUAGAAUUCUUCUAUAUUAUAAGAUAAAAUAAUGUUAUGAAAAAUAAUGUUUCAGAAAAGAGCAAUUUUUCUCUUCAGAAUAUUUUUUUAUAUAUGAAUAGAGAAAGUCAUGCAAAGUAAUUUCAAAUUAUAUGUAGAAAUGGCACAUGAGAGAAAAAGGGAGAGAAGAGAAAGAGAAAAAGUGGUAUGUAAAUAAUA